AUGAGUAUUUCAACAGCAACACAACCAACUGUUUUAUCUCAUGGUUCUAUAAAAUCAUCUCCUAAAAUUAUAUCAUCACCUAUUCAAAUUUCAUCAUCAUCACCAAAAUCAUCAUCAUUACCAAAAACAUCAUCAAUUAUAGCAAAUAAAAUAAAUUCACUUUCAACACCAUUAAGAUCACUUACUAUUUCAAAUCCAACAACAGAAGAUCAAAAUAACUUUCAAACAAAUUUAAAAUCAAAUAUUAUAUUAAUUACAAAAUUUACAUUUAAAUCAGAAACAAGUAAUGAAUUAAGUAUUCAAAAGGGUGAUAUAUUAAAAUUAUUAGAUAUACCAAGUAAUGGUUGGUUAUUAGUAAAAUUUAUUGAUAAAUUAAAACCUCCUGGUUUAGUACCUGCUCAAUAUGUUGAUAUAGCAAUAAAUGAUCCAAUAAAUCCUAUAACAUUAAAUUGGUUACAUUCUACAGAUUCAUCAUUAUCAUCAUCAAAUAUUAUAAAAGAUCAUAAAUUUCUUAAUUUACAAUUUAAUAAAAUAGAAUCAAAAUUUCAAACAAUAAAUAAUAAACCUUAUCCAAUAUUAGUUUCAAUACUGAAUUUUGCAUUAUUUAAACAAAGAUAUUGGUAUAGAUUAGAUGUUGAAUUAUCAAAUAAAUCUAAAAUUUAUUUAUGUAGAUAUUAUCAAGAUUUUUAUAAUUUACAUAUAAAUUUAUUAAAAUUUUUAAAUGAUAUACCCCAAGAAGAUAAAUUGGAAGAAGAUGUUGAUUUAAAAUUACCUAAAUUACCUGAACCAUUACCAACAAGAUUAAAACAUGAUGAAAAUAAUAGCGCCAUAAUUGAAGUGGAAGAAGAAGAAGAAGAAAAUAUAAAUUUAUUAUUAAAAAGAUGUAAUGAUUUAAAUAUUUAUAUUAAUAAAUUAAUUUUAAAUAAAUAUUUUCAAACUUCAAUGGAAAUAAUAGACUGGUUAGAUUUAAAUUAUAAUAAUUUACCUGGUUUUUUAGAAAUUGAUGAAAUUGAAAAUGAUGAUAUAAAUCAAAAAAUUUUACCUGGUUCAAUUGAUGUUGUUAAAAAUUAUAAUGAAAAAAGGUUAAAAUUAGAAGAAGAAGAGAAGAAAAAGGCUAAUAGAGAAGAAGAUGAAGAAGAAAAUGAUGAUGAUAGAGAAAACAAUGAAGAUUCUGAUGAUGAAAAUUCAGAAAAAGAAGAUUUACCAUCAAGAACAAAAUCAAAAAAUAUUUAUAAUAAUUAUCAACAAGCUUCAAAUGUAUUUAGACAAAAUUCAAAUUCAAUAAAAAGAUCACAAUCAAAAAAAGUAACUUCACUAACUAAAACAAAAUCAAAACUGUCAUCACCAAUUUCUUCAACUCCAAAUACAAGUUUUAAUAAUAAUAAUUCAAAUAUUUCAAAUACUUCAAUUAAUUUAAAUUCAAAAGAUAGUUUUAUAAAAGAAAAUGAUAAUGUUACUCCAAAUACUUCAAUGGAUUCAAAUCAAUUUUCAAAUUCUCCUAAAUUAAGAAGAAAAAUGUCUCAACAACAACAAUCACAACAAUCACAACCUUCGUCAUCACAACAUCAACAUCAUCAACAUCAACAACAACCAAAAUCAAUGCCAACUCCACCAUUACCAUUUUCAAUUCAACAACAAGGAAUGGGAACUCCUACUAAAACUCAUCAAAUGGUGCCGAAUUCCCCACAUUAUUUCCAACAACAACAUCCACCUCAUCCAAAUCAUCCAAAUCAUCCACAUCAUAAUAACUAUCACCAUCACCAAAAUCAACCCCAAUAUCCUCAAAAUUUCCAAACUGUUCAACCACCACCAACUCAUUUCAUUCAAAAUCCAAAUUCUCCAAAUUCAAAACCUGGUUAUUCAUCAAGAAAUUUAAAUAAAAAUCAAUCACCUCAAAUAUCUCCGUUUCCAUCAACUUAUUAUUAUAAUCAGUCUGUUCCUCAACCACCACCAGCACAAACUUCUCAAUAUCAAAAUCCUAAAUUAUCACCAUUAAGUAUAAAUACAAAAAUUUUCCCCAUAUCAGGUUAUCCAACUCCAAAUCAAACACCAAUUUCAAAACAACAAUCACCAAUUACGAAGCAAUCAAAGAAUCCUCAACAACAUCCAUUAAAAAAUAAUCAAAUAUUAAGAUGUAAAAUAAUAAACCUAAAUCAAGAAGUAAUUAAUAUAAGUAUACCAAAAUUUCAAAUAUUAAAUAUAAAAACAUUAAAAAGAGUUGUAUUUAAAAAAUUAAAUUUAAUUGAUUCAAAACAUUUGCUUUUAAUGAAGUUACCAAAUUUUAAAAAUUUUGAAAAUUUAGAUUUGUUAGUUAAUAAAUUUAAUUUUGAUGAAUUUUUAAAAUUUAAUUCUGAAAUUGAUUUAAAAAUUGGAUUAAUUUAA